AUGAAUAAGCCGUUCACGACUCAACUAUAUAAGUACAGACCUCCCGAGACCCCCGAAACUAUCCGUGUUAUCGUCCUCCAACCAGCUAAAAACCACAAUGAGCCUCUGGAGUGCAACAUCAUUCAUCAAGACCGCCACGAAAUCCUCCUCGACAUAGGAGAUGAACAACAUUUCGAGGCUGUAUCCUACACUUGGGGGGGAUCAGAUCUUUCUUGCGAAAUUUCCUGUGAUAAAAAGAGCGCGUUUAUGAAUAUCACGCACAGUGUGGAUUCACUUCUGCGGCAUUUCCGAACAGAGUCUUCAGCCCGAUAUCUGUGGGUGGAUGCCAUUUGUUUGAACCAAGCAGAUAACGACGAGAAAAGUAUUCAGGUGUCCCUCAUGGGAGAUAUUUAUCGACAAGCCCGAAGAAUACUUGUUUGGCUUGAUGACGCCUCUCCGGAGGAUGAUAUUCAACUCGUCUUCGCUUUUCUGAAACGGCUUACCAGCAUCAAGUGCAUUGCUAUUUCAAAAGAAACCAUCGAGAACUUGAACAAAGAUGUCUUCAAACAUUCAAACAUUACCAAAGUUCAAAAGCUCCUGCAACGCCCUUGGUUUCAGAGACGAUGGAUUACUCAAGAGGUGGCGCUGGGUCAUGACAGUAUCAUACAAUGCGGCCCAUUCCGAAUAUCCUGGCACUGGUUCGUCGACGCACUUAGGAGGCUUCAGAUCGCUUCGGACAGGGGCAUCAUUACACUUGAGCCAGAAGCUCUUGAUUCUGUGCAUAAUGCCUGCAUGAUCUACUCGCAUGCUAACGAGCUGCUCACACUUAUUUGGGAUUUUCAUAAAAGCGAGUGUUCUGACCCUCGCGAUCGAAUUUUUGCUCUUCAUAGUUUGGUUGAAGAUGUUGUGCCCAGUGCCGCAUCCGAGAGUUCUUUGAAGCUUGAGAGCUCGAUUGCGAGAAAGGUGUUUCCUGUUGAUUAUACGAGCACCUGGAUCGAAGUGUAUCGUCGUCUCGCACUUGACUGUGUGGCGGUCGGAAAUUGGCAUGUUCUCUUGAAGCACUUGUUCGCUUUCGGAGAUGAAGAAUCUCCUGAUCCUGGAAAAGAGAUACGGUCGGCGUAUAAGAUCGGGAUGGCCUUUGUCAAAGUUAGCCAACAAAUUAGAAACAUUAAGUCGAAAGCAAGAUGUAUCUACCGGCGAACCUCUUGUGCUUGGUAUCCUCGAAUUGAUGAAAACCUACUUUCUGCUCAGGUGGGAGGAUGA